UAUUAGAUCGCGUGAAAUAAAGGUUAAGAAAGUUUGUUAUUAAAGGUAAAUAAUUCAUUAUCGUUUAUAAAGGGAAUGAGCAAAAAAAUAAAAAAUAAUACUUCCGGUACAAAGAAUGGCGGUAGAAAUAUUUUCAAGAAGAAAAAACAAAAGGAACAUUUCAAAAAUAAACGUAAAUCUAUUAUUUCUAAACAUAAAAAUUUAAUUUCUAAUAGCAAACUUAAAAAGAACACACAGAAAAUUAAAAGGAAAUUGAAGCAAGCACAUAAGGAUGGAAAAAGUCAUACACCGGAUAAUUUUGUUCAUUUUACCGAUGCAAAGGUAGUAAAAAAACAUAAGAAAAAGAUGCAAUCUUUUGCAGAAGAAGAAAGCAAUAGCCCUAAACUAGUUGCAGGAUCUCAUAAAUUAGACAUUACACGACUAAAAGAAAUGCUCGAUGUAAAAAAGAAAGAAAGCAAGAAAAAAUCAGAAAAUACAAAACCGUUAUCCCUAAGGGAAAAAAUGAUGGCUAAAUUAAGGGCAUCUAGAUUUAGGUAUUUAAACGAAACGCUUUACAAUAAUGAAAGUUCUGAAUCUAAAAAGUACUUCAAAGAUGAUCCAGAUGCAUUUAAGGCGUAUCACGAGGGAUAUAAACAACAAGUUGAACAAUGGCCCUUGAAUCCUCUUGACAUUAUUAUAUCGUCGAUUAAGAAAAUGCCAAAGGAAUACAUUAUUGCUGACUUUGGAUGCGGAGAAGCCAGGCUUGCUUCUUCCGUUAACCAUAAAGUCCAUUCCUUUGACUUUGUUUCUUUGAACGAGAAUGUAACAGUUUGCGAUAUUGCACACACUCCUUUAUUAACAAAUGGAAUAAAUGUUGUUGUCUUUUGUUUGUCUCUUAUGGGAACCAAUCUUAAAGAUUACAUCGUAGAAGCAAAUAGGGUUCUUAAGAAAGGUGGUAUUUUAAAAAUAGCUGAGGUUGAAAGUCGCUUCGAGCGAGUAGAAGAUUUUAUAAAAAUAUUAGACGAUUAUGGUUUCAAAUGUACCUGGAAAGAUUUGUCCCAUAAUUUAUUCUACUUUUUAGAUUUCAAAAAAGAGAAAGAUAUAAGUGGCAAGAAAAGUAAAUUAAUUCCUAUUACCUUAAAACCAUGUUUCUACAAAAAAAGAUAG